AUGUCUUAUUCUCCAUUUUCAGACAAGUACAAUCAAGUACCUCAAUCAGAAGAUGGCGAAGGUUUACUUUCGAAUCCCGAGCCAACGUAUAAGCCAGCAUCCAGACGAAAUGGCACCAUUUGGUAUAUAUUAUCACUCCCGGUCGUAUCGUUGUUGUCAGUUGGGUUUGGUAUAUGGAUUGGUUCUCGAUUUGUAGCGGAUCCCGCGAAAUUAUGUCCUAGUUAUGUGCAACAUUACUCUCCUAUUCUGAAUGAUAUCGAUACAUCAUAUCAGCCAGUGAUGUUCAAUGGAUCAUUCAUGAAAGAAAAUGCGUUCCGAUUAAAAGCAGGCCCGGAAGUGGAUGCAGCAUGGGGAAGCUUGGGAGUACAUUACCGAAGUUUCGCAUUACCAGCGAGCGAAGCAGAGAAAUCCGGGUUGACAUCUGCACAUGUUCAAAUCAACGAGAAAUACGGUGGAGGAUUCCCGGUCAAUUUGGAAGGAUUACACCAUUUACAUUGUCUUAACCUUGUGAGACAAUCUCUAUACUACAACUACGAUUAUUAUCACGAUCAAGGGAAAGGUGCAUUUGUGAAUGAUGAUAACAUCGUUCAAUACCACGUCUCCCACUGUCUAGAUAUCAUCCGCCAACAACUCAUGUGCCAAGUCGACACCGGCGUCCUCGGCCAAGUAUGGUGGGAUAAAUCCAAACCACAAGCAUUCGUAGAUUUCAACACCGAACAUCAAUGCAAAAACUUUGAUGCCAUAAGACAAUGGGCAGAGGAAAGACAAUUGCCUGCGGGUGGACCACCGGAUUUUCUACAGAGACCGGAGAAGAGUGAUGUUCUGGAGAGUAUACCGUAA